UCGUCAAAUUCACAAAAUCUCAAAUCAUCUGAACAAUCUCAUUGUAGACUUGCAGUUGUGUCGACUUUAACCUAUGUUAUCUGUGUCGGCCUUCAGAUUCGAUUUCGUUUCAGAUUAAUCGAACAAAGAACCCUGGAUCGUUGGGUGAUGUGGUUUUCGUUGGCUGGCAUCGUUUGAGGGAUUGAAGGGUUUAAGUUUUGUAAAUGGAAGUUAGGGUUCGUAGUUGAAUUUGUUUAAGAGUCGGUGUGAAUUUGCUAGGAUGGAGAGUAACAAGGACGAGGCUUUAAGGUGCGUUGAUAUUGCUAAAGAAGCAAUUGCAUCUGGGAAGAAGGAAAAAGCUUUGAAGUUUAUUAAAAUUGCGCGUCGUCUGAACCAGAAUUUGUCAGUGGAUGAUCUUCUGGCUGCUUGUGAAAAUAUUGAUUCCUCGGGUCCAGGUCCUUCCAGGAAUGAGAAAGAUGUUCGUGAUGUGGAGGAUAAGAGGGAUAAAGAUAAGCUGGAUGAGGCUUCAAAUGGCAGUAGGAAUUACACGGACGAAAAUGUGCAAUUGAUUAGGCAUAUUAAGAGUAAAAAGGACUAUUAUGCAGUCCUUGGUGUGGAGAAGAGUUGUUCGGUUGAGGAGAUUAGAAAAGCUUACAGGAAGUUAUCAUUGAAAGUUCAUCCUGACAAGAAUAAGGCCCCAGGCUCUGAGGAGGCAUUUAAGAAAGUUUCCAAGGCAUUUAAGUGUUUGAGUGAUGAUGAGUCGAGGAAGCAGUAUGAUCUUACUGGUUUAGUUGAUCAAUUUGAGUAUAAUGAACAGCAUAAUGUUAGGCGCAGGAGGAGAAGAACUGGGAAUGACUUUUUCGAUGAGGAGUUCGAUCCUGAUGAGAUCUUUAGGGCUUUCUUUGGUCAGACAGACAUGUUUAGGACAACUCAAGCUUAUCGGGCUAGAGCUCAUGGUGGGGCUGGUGCCCACCAAAGAGAAGAUUUGGGUGCAUCUGGACCUAGCUUUAUACUCAUUCUUCAAAUGUUGCCAUUUUUGCUGAUCGUCUUGCUUGCUUAUCUCCCGUUUUCAGAGCCUGAGUAUUCUUUGCAGAAGGGUUACUCCUAUCAGUUUAAGAAGAUGACAGAGAAACAUGGAGUAGAGUACUUUGUUAAAUCAGCUGAAUUUGAUCAGGAUUACCCUCUUGGUAGUCCUGGUCGAGAUAAAAUUGAAGAACAUGUUAUUAGGGAUUACAAGAAUGUGCUUGGUCGUUACUGUCAUAUAGAACUCCAAAGGCGGCAGUGGAAUCGGAACUACCCAACUCCUCAUUGCGACAGACUACAAAAUUUUGCAGUGGCAUGAAGGUCUUUCUCACGGAUUAGAGAGCUCUCAGGUGGUAACAGCUUUACGCUUACUUGAUAUGAACGAAGAGACUUUGCAGAUAAGGAGUUCACAAUGGUAACCAGGUAUCUUGCCAUUCUGAUCCUUGAUCUGGCCACUCUCAAACAGCACUUGUAGCCCAUGGAUGCAGCUUAUUCACAUAGUAUUUCAUUUUGGAACUAUAAUCUUGUUUUUAUUACCAUUAUAUACGCGUAGAUGUAUCAAAUGCCUCGGACCUUCCUUCCUGAAUUAGGUGUAGUCAUAAAAAGUGAGGCUGCAGUUUAUGACAGAAUAAGCUUAGGAUUUUGAACUCAGCUGAUUUGCAUGAAGCACAAUGUACAUGUCUCGGGAGACAUUUUGUGCCUUUUGUCUUAUUGAUUGCGCAAUUGACAGCAGAAGGCAUGUCUGCCGAGAUUUUGUGAAGCAUUAGUAUGAUGGUACUCAGGUUUCUACAUUUUUACUUGGUUCUUCUUUUCUCAACCUGAACUUAUUCAGUUCUUAAA